GGUCCAUGGGCUCAAGCUUAUUUAAUAUAGCAACCUUACUAAGCCCACUUCCGGCCUGGACUCAGUUGAAGUGAAAGAGAGAUUGAGUAAUAAUAAUGGAGUUUGGCAUUCAUGCAAAUGGCAAUCGCGGAGCUGUUUCUGAUGACUCUCUUCGAUUCCUCAAGUCUCUUAAGGAGUUAAAGGAGUUGAGGGCUCAGAUCCAUACUGCUGCUGAUUAUUCUGAGAAAUCUUAUAAGAAUUCCGAGGAUAAGGCGAUAGUUUUGGAGAAUACAAAAGAAUACUUAUGUAGAGCAGUUGUCACAGUUGUUGAUCACCUUGGAAGUGUUUCUGCUAGUCUUGAUGGCUGCAUUCAAAAGAGUGACCGCGCUAAUGAAACUGAGCGACGAAUUAAUUGUCUAAAACAGAAACUUGAUUCAUGUGAUCAGUACAAUCACAACUUCACCCUGACUAAGAUACGAUGGACUAAGGAUUUGCCAAGAUAUUACCCUCGAUAUAUCUCACCACCAUCUGAUUCAAGUAAAGAAUUGAGGUCGGACUUGAGGGAACCUGAUCAGCCAACCAAUAUCAAAGGAGUUCUUAGUGAGCCUGAGUUCAAGACUAUCGAAGAAAUGCCACUUUUCAUGUAUACAAGCUUUAACAAGAUUCGUCUAGGUACGAGUCCAAGGUCACCACUUGACAUUACACCCAAAGAAAUCACUGUCAUGCCCGUUCGUGAAGGAUUCUCUGUCGCACCCAAGUUGAUUCGGAAUCCUUCUUUCCAUUUCCAGGAUAAUAGGAAACCUGGUGGGAUCAGAAGACUACUACUGUCAAUACAGAGGAAAUCUGUGAAUGAUGAAGAAGUUAUAUCAGUUCCUCGAAGAAGUAAAAGGGGGGCAUCAAGAUUGCUUAGGCUUAAACUUUAAGCUUCAUUUCGAGUUUUCAUUGUAGAACGUAGAGUGUCGUUUGUCUUUAUGGAAAGGUACCGUUGUUUACAUCAGCCAUCCCGCUAAGCUCAGUCCCUGCAAGAUUGUAAGCUGUUUGAACUCUGCAACGUCGCAUAAACUCAGAAGCGGGGCAUGGAGGAUAAACACUGCAUAAACAUGUAAAUGAUAAGACAGUACUUGUGGAUAUAGGCUAUAUAUUUAUGCUUCAAUAAAUGUUGCUUUUGUGAUGUUUCAAAGAUUGUUCUUACAUUUCCAUUACAUAUUUGCUCCCCUUUGUUUAUAACCCCUUCAAAUUCCUGGGAUGUGUAAGUUUGUAUAUAUCAAUCAAUUAAGAUGCCUUUUGAGA